CCCGGGGCUGCGGGGCGGAAGUAAUUUCUUGGCCGCGGAAGUGGUUGCUACUGCGGGGGCAAGAUGGUGGCGCCCAGCGGGAGCUAGACCAGGGACUGUUGUGUGGCUCCUGCGUGGGAAUGAGAGGAGAACCCCAAGGCUUGGAAUAGAUCUCAGGUGGCAGGACUCUGCAGAUACAAAAUGUUGUCAAGGCCAAAACCAGGAGAGUCCGAGGUGGACUUGUUGCGAUUCCAGAAUCAGUUCCUUUCUUCAGGGGCCACCCCAGCUGUACGAAUAGUGAAGAAGGUAAAGAAGGAGUGGCCGGCUGGUGAGGAGCUGCCUGUUCUGCAGGAUCAGCGGGAUGUGGUGACCUUAGACAAGCUUCCAGAUUUACCCCCUACUCUAGUCCCUGCUCCCCCAAAGAGGGCCAGACCCAGUCCGAACUUUACACUCCCUGAGGAACAGGACCCUGAAGAGAGACUCGAUCAGCAUGACCAGCAUAUCACAGCUAUCUUCACUAAAAUAAUUGAACAUGAUACCAGUGCGAUGACUGUGACCAUGCCCCUUCCCAGUGGAGUGGCUUUUCCCCGUGUUUUCCAUCGCUCACAGAAGGGCCCCCAGGGGAAAACAGCAACAUCUGGAAAGAGAAGCAUCUUUGCCCAGGAGAUUGAAGCAAGGAGAAAUGCUGAGGCAAACAGCACACCCCCAGGGAUGACCGUGCCUACCCAGGGCCAACAGGAAGGAUCUCUGACAUCUGAGGCACUGGGACUCAGGGAGCAGGGCUUGUGUGUUCCAGAGACUGGCAAGAGCUCCCAGGGGCUCCAGCUCAUCACUGGGGAGGGCCUCCAGAGUGAAGAUGCCAGGCGUGAGGUCCAGACCAUCCAUGAGGAGAACUUGGCAAAGCUGCAUGCCUUGGGCCCAGAGGAGAUCCUUCAGGAACAACAGAGGCUGCUGGCCCAGCUAGAUCCCAGCUUGGUUGCUUUCCUGAAGUCUCGACAUGGCACCAAUGGUCAGACGGGAGUGGAAAGUAUGGAAGAACAGAAUUCUGGGACUGUUGUUCAUGAAACGCCCAAAGAGGAGCCAGUGGGGCCACCACCUCCCAGUGGGUACAAGAGGAAACAGCCAGAGCCGGCCGCCUCAGCUCCAGAAUUGCCUGUGACCCCUCACAAGGAGUGGCUUCACAUGGGCACCGUGGAGUUGGAAAAGCUUCAGUGGACCCAGGACCUGCCCCAGCUCCGGCGGCAGAAAACCCAGGAGGGGAUGCAGCAGGCACGUUUUGGUCUCCAGGGAGAGCUUCUGGCCCCUGAUGUCGACCUGCCCACUCAUCUAGGCCUGCAUCAUCACGGCGAGGAGGCAGAGAGAGCAGGAUACUCCCUUCAAGAGCUAUUCCAUCUGGCCCGGAGCCAGAUCUCCCAGCAGAGAGCGCUGGCCCUGCAGGUGUUGGCCCGAAUCAUCUCUAAAGCCCAGGCAGGUGAAUUUGGGAGCCAGCUGACAGACAGUGUCCUGCGCCUUCUCUUGGAUGCUGGUUUCCUCUUCCUGCUGCGUUUUUCACUGGAUGACAGUGUGGACAGUGUUAUUGCAGCCGCUGUGUGGGCCCUGCGUGCCCUAUUAGUGGCUCCUGGAGACGAGGAACUCCUGGACCGCACCUUCUCCUGGUAUCAGGGAGCAGCUGUUUUCCCCUUGAUGCCAUCCCAAGAAGAAGAAGAAGAGGAGGAUGAAGAAACCCUGGCAGAAAAAGCAAGAAAGAAGAACCCCCAAGAGACCCGGCCCCCACCAGACUUAGCCCGACACGAUGUUAUCAAGGGUCUCCUGGCUACUCAGCUGCUGCCUAGACUUCGAUACCUACUCGAGGUGACCUGCCCUUCCCCCACUGUGGUCCAGGACAUUCUUGCUGUGCUGAUCCGAGUGGCACGGCACUCUCUAGAGUCAGCCACAAAGGUCCUAGAGUGCCCUCGGCUGAUAGACACCCUGGUUCGAGAGUUCUUGCCUUCUAGCUGGUCACCUGUGGGGGAAGGACCAAUUUCCCGCCUACACGGUGUGCCCUGUGCUGCGGCCAUGAAGCUGCUUCGUGUCCUGGCAUCAGCUGGCAGGAAUAUUUCUGCCCGUCUGAUGAGUGGUUUUGAUCUUCGAAGUCGCCUGUGUCGAUUUGUGUCUGAGGCCCCUCAGGAAUUGGCCAUGCCCAUCCAGGAGGCUGAGCAACUGAACACAGAGUCCUUUAGGCUCUGGGCAGUAGCCGCUACCUAUGGCCAAGGUGGAGACCUUUACAGAGAGCUCUAUCCGGUGCUGAUUCAGGCUCUGCAGGGCCUGCCCCAGGAGUUGAGCAUCCGGCCCCACAGCCCGCUUGCCAUGCAGCGAAUCUCAGCCUUAAUCACCCUGCUAGCCCACUUGACCCAGGCAUCAAGCAGCAGCAACGUGGAGCUCCCUGCACCAGCCAGCCCUUACCCUGUGGAGUCCAACCAGUCACCUGUCCCUCCCUCCAUCACUUGGGUGCAAGUGUCUGGGCUGCGCCCUCUUAUAGAACCAAUUCUCAGGCAAGUCUUGAAGGAGUUGCCCCAAACUGACACCUGGAGGGCCCUGGCCCCACUGCCCACUGCCUGCCUGCUCUACCUAGCAGCCCACUAUCAGGCCUGGAGCCAGCAGCCAAAGCUGUGCCCUGGAGAAUGUCUUCAGGAUGUGGAGCGACUUUCAGAGGAGUUGGUAUUGCCCCUGCUGAGUCAGCCCACCUUUCAGGGCCUGUGGGAUUCUCUCAGGCACUGCUCUCCCCUCUGCAAUCCACUGUCCUGUGCCCCAGCUCCAGAGUUCAUCCCUAACCUCAUCUCACUGGGGUGUGUGGGAGGCUGUCCCCCACUCAGUCUGGCUGGAUCAUCUUCAUCCUUCCCUUUCCUCACCUCCCUUCUCUCUCUUCUCAACACCCUGGCCCGAAUUCACAAGGGGCUCUGUGGCCAGUUUGCUUCAGUGUUGGGUGCCCCCGGGCUCCAAGAUUACUUGCGUCAUUGUGGAGCACCCUCUCGUGUCCCCCGACUCACCCCGUUCUUUGCAUGGGCUCUGAGACAUGAAUACCACCUACAAUACCUGGUGCUCACACUGGCACAGAGAACGGCUGGACUCAGGACAGAGCCGACCCCAGAUGCUGUUCUCUAUCACACUGUGGCACUGAACCUUCUGAGUCACCUGCUGCCGGGCAGUGAGUACCUGGCCCAUGAACUGUUGUUGGGCUCUGUCUUCCGGCCAGAAUUUCUCCCGGAAGGAGCUUCAGGGGGCCCUGAGGCAGCUGACUUUUCUGACAAGCUGAACCUGGGAAGUGGCAGGAGCCCUGCAUCAGGACGAGGGGCCCUGCUGGCAGAAGCAUGCCGAGACCUCCCCAGCAUUCGUGGCUGCUACCUGGCACAUUGCACCCUGCCCCGCCCCGCCCUGCUGCAUUCCCAGGCCCUGUACCAGGGAGAACCCCUUCACAUUCCUUCCCUGCUCCUCCCUGUGCCAAAGGAGCCACUGCUGCCUGUGGACUGGCCCUUCCUCCCUCUUAUUCACCUCUACCACCAGGCCUCAGGCCCUACCUCCGAGGCCCUGCACCUCUGCUCCUUGGGCACGGUCACCCGGGCCCUGCAGUGGGUGCUGGUCCUGGAGAGCUGGCGCCCUUCCAGCCUGCGGGCGGUGCUUCCUGCUGCCCGUCUAGCUAGGCUCAUGUGUGUAUUCCUGAUGGACAGUGACCUGUUCCGUGAAGCCCCCAUCCAGCAGGUCAUCACAGCCCUGCUUGCCCAGCUCUGCCAGCCCCAGGCACUGUCUCUCCUGAAACUGGACUGUCCUUUGCCUGGCCUGGCCUCCUUCCCGGACCUCUACAGCAGCUUCCUGGAGCACUUUGAAGCCGUCUCCUUUGGGGACCCUCUCUUUGGCGCACUGGUUCUGCUUCCCUUGCAGCGCCAACACAGCGUCACCUUACGCCUCUCCCUUUUCGGGGAACACGUGGGAGCCCUUCGAGCCCUUGGAUUGCCCCUUGCCCAGUUGCCCGUGUCCCUGGAAAACUACACAGCACCCCCUGAAGACAACCUAGAGCUCCUGAAACUCUAUUUCCAAGCACUGGUGACAGGGGCUCUGUGCCCUCAGUGGUGUCCAGUGCUCUAUGCUGUGGCUGUGGCGCACGUCAAUAGCUUCAUCUUCUCCCAGGACCCAAAGAGCUCUGGUGUGAUGGGAGCCGCCAGCAAGUGGAUGCUUCAGAAGACUUGGCUCCUGGCCAAUGAGAGUCUUAAGCAGCACCUUCUUUACUACAAGCUUCCCAAUGUGGCCCUGCCUGAGGGCUUUGAACUGUACCCUCAGUUGCCCCCCUUGCGAAAAAACCGCCUCCAGGACGUAACCGACAGACUACUCAAGGAUGGGGGUUUAGGGUCGUAAUGCCCCUGGAUGGACAGAUGACUGUGUGUGUUCUCCCGGGGGCCCAAAGAGGGAUCCACUGUCCUAAGUAUGUACAGAUGUCCUUGAUGUCCUCGGGAGAUGCCACUCCAAGAGUCAGUCGGACAGAACAGCUUAUCCUGCAGAGACAAGAGCAGAAGGGAGGGCCCAGUGGACCUUUGCACUUCACUCCUUUCUAUGGAGACCGAGGACGGCCGCCCUGGGGCAGCGCCAGGGACUAGGCAGGCCUGGCUGCCCUUCCUCAAAGGCCAAGGUCAAAUAGUUCAGUGGCUGUGUAUAUGCGCUGAAAUAAAAUUUUCUUCCUUUA